AUGCCCCCCAAAAAGAACGCCGCGGCGCAGCAACAAACCGGCCCACCCAAACUCCCCCAAACCACAACUCCCAGCACACCCUCCUCCUCCUCCACAUCAACACCUCAACCCAUCCGCAAAGCCGCCGCAUCCGCAAAAGCCACCUCAAACGAUGCACAAGACAUCUUCGCCAGCGUCUGGAACAAAUACGUCUCCCAAACACCUCAACGCACAAAACUUUUGGACACGUUCAUGGGAUUCUUGGUUGUGGUUGGGGUGCUACAGUUUGUGUACUGUGUGAUUGCUGGCAACUACCCUUUCAACGCCUUCCUCUCAGGUUUCUCCGCGACGGUCGGACAAUUUGUACUCACGGCGAGUUUGAGAAUCCAGACGAACCCGGAAAACAAGGCGGAUUUCAAGGAGAUUUCACACGAGAGGGCAUUCGCGGACUUCAUCUUUGGAAGUUUGAUCUUGCACUUCUUCUGCAUCAACUUCAUCAACUAG